AAUAAAUUAAAGGAAAAAGAACUCGAAGACCAGCAUCAGCGGGAAGCCGAGAUCGUUUGCGUAGUAGGCGCCAGAUUGAAGCUGACCAGCACCGACAUCUAUCCCUAGAUUGGGUUUGGCUGAGACUACAUGUUUCUGAUCUUCUGUUAACCGGGAUCUUCUUCGAUUUCAAUCCAUGGAAGACGGGAACAAGGUUAAUCAAUGCAUGAGUGAAAUGCUAUCAACAGAUGGUGAUGUAUCCACCGUUCUUGAUGUAGCAGAUAAAAUUAAAGAGAGGUGUAGGGAGCAGAGAGAAGCUCUGCCAGGGGAGCCUAAAUGCAUUAUAUGUCGUCGCUAUGGUGAGUAUAUAUGUGACGAGACAGAUGAUGAUAUCUGCAGCUUGGAAUGCAAACAAGCUCUACUAUGCAGGGUUGCCAGCUCACAGCUGCCCGUUGGUCUCCCACCUCCUAAAAAAUUACCUGCAACUGAUGAGUGUUUUUACGUUAGAGAUUCUGAUGAUAAAUCAGGAUCUGUAUCUUUAACUAUGGAUGAGACUGAGUCACUAAGAAGGAAGCUCGAAAUUCAAGUGAAGGGUGAAUUAACUGUCGCACCCAUGUUAUCAUUCUCUUCAUGUAAUCUUCCUCGGAAGCUUCUCCAAAAUAUAGAAGCUGCAGGAUAUGACGUGCCCACACCUGUGCAGAUGCAAGCAAUUCCAGCUGCUUUGAUAGGCAAAAGCCUGCUUGUUUCAGCUGACACGGGCUCAGGGAAAACUGCUUCCUUUCUGGUUCCAGUUGUUUCUCGUUGUGCAAAUAUUCGCAUUGAGAGCUCUUCAAACCAAAGAAAGCCAUUAGCAAUUGUUCUAACACCAACUAGAGAGCUCUGUAUACAGGUUGAGGAACACGCUAAGUUACUUGCAAAGAGUUUGCCUUUCAGAACUGCACUUGUUGUUGGUGGUGAUGCCAUGGCUGGACAACGACACCGCAUUGAGGGAGGAGUGGAACUGGUCAUUGGAACUCCAGGCAGGCUUAUUGACCUUUUAACAAAGCAUGAUAUUGAACUAGAUGAUGUAAUGAUCUUUGUUCUAGAUGAGGUGGACUCCAUGCUCCAAAGGGGUUUCCGGGAUCAGGUAAUGCAGAUCUUUAGGGCUCUAUCGCAGCCCCAGGUCUUGAUGUAUUCAGCAACAAUCUCACAAGAGGUAGAAAAGAUUACUAGCUGUAUGGCAAAAGAUAUUAUUGUCAUCUCUGUUGGCAAACCUAAUAGGCCAAGUAAGGCUGUGAAGCAGCUGGCUAUAUGGGUUGAGUCAAAGCAUAAAAAGCAAAAGCUUUUUGACAUUUUAAUGAGUAAGCAUCAUUUUAUGCCACCAGUUGUGGUGUAUGUGGGUUCAAGACUUGGGGCAGAUCUCCUGUCUAAUGCAAUUACAGUCACCACUGGGAUGAAAGCUUUAUCAAUCCAUGGGGAGAAGUCCAUGAAAGAGAGGAGAGAAAUUAUGAGGUCAUUUUUGGUGGGAGAGGUUCCAGUUAUUGUGGCCACAGGGGUUUUGGGUCGGGGUCUUGAUCUCUUGGGUGUGAGACAGGUAAUAGUUUUCGACAUGCCCAAUUCCAUCAAGGAGUACAUCCAUCAGAUAGGAAGAGCAUCCCGAAUGGGAGAGGAGGGAACAGCUAUUGUGUUUGUGAAUGAAGAAAAUAAGAAUAUGUUUCCGGAGUUGAUCAAAAUUUUAAAAUCUGCUGGAGCAGCUGUACCUCGGGAGCUUGUUAAUUCACGGUUUGCAGUUGAGUUUUUAUCUGGUGGCAAAUGCCAGAAAAGGAGAAAGCGUGGUUGCUGAAGUCUCGAAAUGCUUUGUAGAUUUUCUGGCUUCAAUUCAACAUCUUGGAAAUAUUCAAUGAAUCAGAUGGACAUUUGCCAUUAGAAAAAGGUGAAUUGAUACUUCACUCUGAACUCACUUCCUAGCUGCAAUAAUCAUUGAUUAUUACCACUUUUGAACUCAUUGGAUAGCUGUGUAUGGCCAGAAAUAUUGCUGAUAUCACUUUCUAUACACAUUGAUAACUUUUCACUUUUCGGGUUGAUAAAUUAUUUAAACUUUACAACUUGUGAUCUGGAGAACUGAGAGGACUGCAUACAGGCAAUGCUGUUGGGGGCCUUGGGGCUUGUGGUCCCCACAACCAAUGUCAGCGUACUUGGAGAGGUCAGUAUAUAGCCAAAAACUACUUUGACUUGCAGUCGCGGAUGUGAAAUGAGAGAGAUUGUUACAGUUUGUAAAUGUGCUCUUCUGGGAGUUGUUUGCUUGCAUAAUUAAGCGAACUGAAUGCAUAUUGGAGAGACCUAAAGCGGAAAGACGAAGGGAUUCCAUACUUGAGAAAGUUAUCUACUGAGGGUUGUCUGCAAUUUCUAUUGGAUUUGGACAUUAAUACGAAGUUGAUGCAAGUCCCUUUCUGCAAUUACAAAUAUUUCUUUGAAGUAAGAUAUAGAUUGCUUAUAUUGUAAAGCAUUAGAUAUACAAAUUUCAAAGUGAGUUUCUCAGAGUCUAGAGCAUGUGAGGACCAAUGUUAGUUUUUUUUGGUUGGGCAUGUAAUUUCACAAGUCUCAGGCAUCAGUAAGUAACUUUCUUGUCGACCUUUUAGAGCUCUCUAUGCCUAACUAUGAGCCACUUCAGAUGAUUGUUAGCUCAAACAGCUGGCUUCAUUGCUUCAGGAUUUGCAAACAUAAGGCCAUCUCACUGAUUAUUUGCUUCGAA